UCCAGUACUCCCAGCGAGAGCUGGACAACAUCGAAGUGUUCGUCACCAAGAGCAGCCGAGGGAACCGCGUCGGCUGCAUGUAUGUCCGCUGCGUGCCAGGCGCCAGGUACACGGUGCUCUUCUCGCACGGCAACGCCGUGGACCUGGGCCAGAUGAGCAGCUUCUACAUCGGGCUGGGCACCCGCAUCAACUGCAACAUCUUCUCCUACGACUACUCGGGCUACGGCGUGAGCACGGGCAAACCCUCGGAGAGGAACCUCUACUCCGACAUCGAUGCCGCAUGGCAGGCGCUGCGGACGCGGUAUGGAAUCAGCCCAGAGAACAUUAUUUUGUACGGACAGAGCAUCGGCACGGUGCCCACGGUUGAUCUGGCCUCCCGCUAUGAGUGCGCUGCCAUUGUGCUCCACUCCCCACUCACCUCUGGCAUGAGAGUCGCCUUCCCCGAGACCAAGAAGACCUACUGGUUCGAUGCCUUCCCCAACAUCGAGAAGAUCUCCAAAAUCACCUCUCCCGUCCUCAUCAUCCACGGCACGGAGGAUGAAGUCAUCGACUUCUCCCACGGCCUGGCGCUCUUUGAACGCUGCCCCAAGGCUGUGGAGCCGCUGUGGGUGGACGGG